CUGCAGAAAUAAGUCGAUUCGAUCGUCGUGGAGGGUCGCAUUUGCAUACGAGAAAAACAUUUUGAUGCUGAUUUUGAUUUGUGCAUCGGUGUCGUCGCGCCAGUGCGUGUGUGUGUGUGCGUGCAAUAAAAAUAAAUAAAAUAAUAUCUGCAAUCUCAACAUCAUCAUGUACUAUCCGCCCGCUGAUAGUUAUACCGGUUAUCGGGUAACUCCACCCCAAAUCAACGGCAUUACCAACAACAAUAAUAACAACCACAACAACAACAACAACAACAUCUGCAGCAGUAGCAGCAGCAGUAACAACAACAACAUCAACAGCUUGACGACAGCAAUCAGCGGCAACAGAAUGGACACCGACGAUGUGGAAUCAAACACCAGCAGUGCCAUGUCCACACUGGGCUCACUCUUCUCCUUCACAUCGCCGGCGGUCAAGAAGCUGCUGGGCUGGAAGCAGGGCGACGAGGAGGAAAAGUGGGCGGAGAAGGCAGUCGACAGUCUGGUCAAGAAGCUAAAGAAGCGCAAGGGAGCCAUCGAGGAGCUGGAGCGGGCACUCUCCUGUCCCGGUCAGCCCUCGAAAUGUGUCACCAUUCCACGCUCGCUGGACGGACGAUUACAGGUCUCCCAUCGCAAGGGUCUGCCGCAUGUGAUCUACUGCCGCGUUUGGCGCUGGCCCGAUCUCCAGUCGCAUCACGAACUCAAGCCCCUCGAGCUGUGUCAGUAUCCCUUCAGCGCCAAGCAGAAGGAGGUGUGCAUCAAUCCGUACCACUACAAGCGCGUGGAGAGUCCAGUGCUGCCGCCUGUGCUCGUUCCUCGUCACUCGGAAUUCGCACCCGGCCACUCGAUGCUGCAGUUCAAUCACGUGGCCGAGCCCAGUAUGCCGCACAAUGUGAGCUACUCGAACAGUGGUUUUAACUCGCACAGCCUGAGCACCAGCAACACAUCGGUGGGCAGUCCCAGUUCCGUGAACUCCAAUCCCAAUUCGCCGUAUGACAGUUUGGCCGGAACACCGCCGCCCGCCUACAGUCCCUCGGAGGAUGGGAAUUCAAACAAUCCCAAUGACGGUGGCCAACUGCUCGAUGCCCAGAUGGGUGAUGUGGCCCAGGUCAGCUACUCGGAGCCCGCCUUCUGGGCCUCGAUUGCUUACUAUGAGCUAAACUGCCGCGUGGGCGAGGUGUUCCACUGCAACAACAACUCCGUGAUCGUCGAUGGCUUCACGAAUCCGUCCAACAACUCGGACCGCUGCUGUCUCGGCCAGCUGAGCAAUGUGAACAGGAAUAGCACCAUCGAGAACACACGCCGUCAUAUAGGCAAAGGUGUUCAUCUGUACUAUGUGACCGGUGAGGUGUACGCCGAGUGCCUGUCCGACUCCGCCAUUUUUGUGCAGUCGCGCAACUGCAACUACCACCACGGAUUCCAUCCGAGCACCGUGUGCAAAAUACCGCCGGGCUGCUCGCUGAAGAUCUUCAACAACCAGGAAUUUGCUCAGCUGCUGUCGCAGUCGGUGAACAAUGGAUUCGAGGCCGUCUACGAGCUCACAAAGAUGUGCACGAUCCGGAUGUCGUUCGUGAAGGGCUGGGGGGCGGAGUACCAUCGCCAGGAUGUCACCUCGACGCCCUGUUGGAUCGAAAUCCAUCUGCACGGACCGCUCCAGUGGCUUGACAAGGUGCUCACGCAAAUGGGCUCGCCACAUAAUGCAAUUAGUUCGGUAUCCUAAGCUUAAGACGAGGCGCGAUCCCUCAGAGGAAACGAAAAGAAGAACAAUACAAAACCAGUAGCUAAAUGAGUACGUGUGAAAGUGAAAGCUAAGUGUGAAAAAGACGUAGAGAGCAUAGAGGUUUGUGCCUGAAGAGGAGGGGUGCAAAACAGAUCGAUGCAGCUCACCUGCAGAUUUAAAUAGAUGUACGCAAGCUACUCCAACACCCGCCCUUUGCCCAUAUUUUAUAGUUUAUCGUAUGAUUUUCUAUGCGAAUGUCAUUCCUAACGCUACAACAGAGUAAUGAGAAACAACAGCGAGCUAAGAAACCAAUUACAAAAUGGUAUAACUAUUUACAAUGAUCUACAUGCUAUAAUAUUAAUGAUCUAUGCCCAUUGGCAAACAUUGCUGUUCAAGUCUAUUUCAAGUGCUAAUUAUGUGUCAUUGCAAAACUGCUUUAAAUAUAAAAAAACAAAACACAUUUAAUUAAUCCUACCAACUUUAAAUACAUAAGGAACAAACAAAAAUAAGGAUAUGGAACCACUUAUUGCAAUACAUUUCUUAAAAUGAUUUUUAGAAACCUUAGUUUAUGUUUUAUUUCUCUCAUUUGCGUUUUGUCGUUGAUCAACGAAUUAAAUGUUCAAUAUAGUUGAUUUAAAUCUAUAGUUUAACUAAUUUUAAGUUACAUACAGAAGAUAAAAAAAAUAUACCAGCGAAAACUAAGUGUGGAAAAAUUGUUAUUGAAUCAAUUUUUCAAUCAAUGAUCUUUUGUUAUCUUAAGUAAAAAUAAUUGUGUCUAGACCAGGAGAAAAUUACUUUUUAUAUAAAUAUACAUGUAUAAUUUUUAUAAACAUAAUGGUACACUAUAAUUUUCGUAGUUUUAUAAUUUUCUUUGAUUCUGUUUGAAAUAAAAAUGUGUGUGCCGAAACAUCAGUAGAUGAUAAUACAAAAUACACAACAAUUGAAAGGCUUAAUUUUGAAAUAAAAUCUGUUUUUGACUUAUGAGUUCA